AUGCCGACGCCCGAGCUAGAGCCAGAACCCCUGGGUUCACCUCAGGUCCGCAAUCUGGAAAUUAGAGGCACGUGGGAUGGUGAGGUCAAUGGGCGGGCGGAACUUAGGAUUUCGCUCGAGAUACAAGGCACCCCAAACACGCAGAUACAAAUAUUAGACACCAGGUCUCCUACUGUGCUUUUAUGCAAAACCUCAAUUCAAUUUCUAUCCGAGGAAUGGGGUCAUAAUAGUCAGCCUGAGGAGGUUCCCCCUCAAAGCCCUCUGUUCGAAUUUUUUGAGCCAAACUAUCCUGAUGGCGAGGGAGCUCAUCGGAACUCCAAAGGCUUUCCUGAAGCCCCCGACCCCAUGAAUGACUAUGCCUUUGUUAAAGCCCAUAGCGAAACGAGCUCUACAAAUCACAUACUGUACCCAGGUCAUAAAGUUGACAGCCCUUUGGAGAGUUCUUUAAUGCCUGAUGAACGCUCUCCUGGCUUACGUCCUAACUUUGCAAAACGCAAUGGCCAGACUAGGAUGCUAAGUCUAGGGAAAAGAAGUGCUGCAGAUGCUUGCCUGACAGAUGUCGAGUCGAACUCGGAGGAUGCCCAGCCAGACCGAAAACUUCCAUAUAAUGGCACCAUUCACAAUCUCGAUACGCCAGACUACUGUCUAGAUGUACUACAGAAACCAGCACAGUCUGAAAGAGACAAUACGAUGGACAACAUAAGCCAGCAGCAAUCAUGUUCUUCUCGAGAAGAUCACAGCAAGCCAGCCUUAUUGUCGGAGAUGGCUGUGAGAGUGAAGCAAGCAUCCGACGCAGAAAAAUGCCUUGUCGCUGCACAUUACAUGCAAACCCCAGGUAGCCCUCACGAGAAAACGACAGCUAACGCAAGUUUCCCACGUGGGAAAAGGCUGCACACCACAUCGGCAACCAAGAACCUUUGCAAAACUAAGGACAAAGACACCGAUGGUCACGAUAUAGCGCUUACAAACCUCGCUCAUUCCAAUAUUGGUCAGGAAAGGGUGCCCAAUGACCCAGCAAUGCCUCCCAUCUCUCGUACUAGGUCGGUGGAAAAACUUGAGACUGAUCUGGUCGACAGCCUCUCAACUAGGUCAGCUUCACAGCCAGAUACAGAGCAAGAAGCAGGAUCAGGUCCUGAUAAUUUUGAACGAAAUCCCAUUGAGAACUACGAACAAAAUCCCGGUGAUACUCACGAACCCAAACACCGUGAAUUUUCUGAGAACGAGCCCGAAAUUAACAUGGUUGAUGAUAUUCUUUUCGUUCAGUACCCGGCCAAUGUACGCGCAGGAGUCUACAAGGUCGUCGUCAGCGUCUCAAUCGCUCUGAUCAGGAAGACACCCAUGGAUUGGUACGAUCUAGUUAUACCAGGUCUGCCCAAGCUGGGGACGGGAGAGAGUGGGUUCAUUCUCUUCUUGAUUCCUGACAAGUACGGUGUUGAAUUUCGCACCACAUAUCUCCGCAGAUUUAGGAUGGUGGAAGACUGCUUGUUCGCUGAGUUUGUGGACAAGAGGGAUCUUGUGAUACCAAUGCGAUCUUUUGACCAGAGGAAUUACGGCAUUGUCAAAGGUUUUGUCGUGGACCAGGAAAUUGAAGCACGUCCUUUAUUGAUCUCUGCUUUAGAGGACAACAAGCACACGCACUCAGGUUUGUCGGUGAGAUAUCAUGCGAUGUGCUCGUUGAGGUUGCAUGAACGCUGCUUCUGGGCUGAGAAGUGCUGUUUCUUUCUCGACUUAGACGGAGGGCCAGAAGGAUUUUUCCAAUGCAAACUCCAACCUCCGGAUACAAGCUUGCAGGUGGUCUAUAUACCUAGCAGUAGUUCAUAUUCUAUCGGUGUCUCCCACCUUCAAAUCAUAUGUUCACCACGAGAUUUAGGGAUGUUUUGCAUCACUUGGCUAGUCAAAAUGCCUUUCCUAGCGAGGAACUGGCUGCCGCGAAUCUAUCCUGGGUCAACAUCCUAUACUAAUGAACGAGAUAGAGGUCAACUUCGAGCUACGUUUACUAGACUAUAUGCCAAUGCAUUCACUGAAGAACAAAGCUACCAAUGUAUCAUGUCCGCUCUCGAAAGAGGAGAUGAAACCGACGGAAGAUCAGAAGCUGUGGAGGGUGGUGAUUGGACUGAAGACCCUGAACGGACAUUCAGAUCUCAAUAUAUGAACACAGUAGCUAAAGCUAUAUCAAGGCCGUUAAGAGCCCUAUGGACGCCAAUCAAUGACCCUAUACCUACCUGGAGAGCGUCCCGGAAAAACUUGUUCAUUCUCACCCUUGUUGUUGCUUUUACAAUCUGUGGCACGCUAUCAUGCCUCCUACUUAGCCCUACAUACUCUGGAGCUCUCAGUCGCCCUUGCGGACCUGGUAAUGGGGCAAAUGCUGGCUUGCUUGAUAAGUCGAGAUUGGACGGGCAGAUUCCGGGCUGCGGGGAGCCGAGCUGUAAGUAUAAAAACUUUACUGAGGAGCUUUUCGACCAAGCCCCAGACAACUUUGACAGCGCGUCGUUAUUCGAUAACAAUAAUACCAGUAAACACGUGCCCUUGAAUCAGCAGGAAGCUAUUGAUCUCGAGACAGAUGUCAAGAGAGUUGAAGAACAAGAACAAGCGGAGGAACAGACAGCUAUCACACCAGGCGUGGAGUCAGGUAAAGUGUUUUCCUUGAGAGAUCAAAUCGAUCAUUUCCUAGGUUGGAAAGGACCCAUUGAUCGCAUGGCAUGA